UCUGGUCGGUCAGCUAGACUUGUCAGCGUCGGGCGCAAGACGACCUGUUCCAGUUGUAGCGGUCGAGGCAGCGCAGGUGUGUUCAGUGAUCAAUCCGUCAUCGUCAGGUCAUCUAGACUUAAGGCAGUCAGCGUCCAUGGCGCGUCUUCUUCGUACAACGAGGUGAUCCCGCCGCCGCUGCCGCCGCCGACCGCCACCCUGACCCAGGGUCGCCGGGUCGACUCCUCGCUGAAGCGCCUGGAGCGGGCGCACGACGACCUGUUCCAGUUGUAG